AUAGAAAGAAUCAAGGUGGUUUCCUUCCUAAAAGCCAUUAUCUGCGAGCUCCACAGCUUGGAUUCUCCUGCAAAUACAUGAAUGUAGAUUUGGUAAUCCGUACUUCGGUUUUGAACGUGGAGAAAAGUGGGCACAAUUGCGAACGGUCGACUGAUAGAACCAACCAUCGCCGAUAUCGCCGAAUCAGCGGCUGCGACGAAGCACGGCAACACUUGACCCGAACCUGAAGCACAAGGGAAGCACCUAGCCGAGCAUAUAGCCAGAGAACAUGGCCACUCAAGACCAAGUCGCCCCUACUCCUGCGCCGGCAGCAGAAGCUCAAGCACCGGCUGCCGCGGCCGCCGCCGCGGCCACCCGAUCCGACUCUGACCCUUCCAUCUUGGCGCACGUCGAGCAUUACCAUGCGACGCGCUGCGCGGCGUCGCCCAUCUACGCCUUUCUCCUCGGCACGCCGGCCGACAAGCCGCUGGUGCGCUUCACGCAUGCACGCAAGGGGCUCUUCACGGCCCGCUUGCGGCUCGACGCCCAGCAUCUCAACUCGGCCGGCGGCAUCCACGGGUCCGUCUCCGCCACGCUGGUCGACUGGGCCGGCGGGCUCGCCAUUGCAGCCUGGGACCUACGCGCCGCCACCGGCGUGAGCGUCGACAUCAACAUCUCGUACCUGUCGUCGGCCCGGCUCGGCGACGAGAUCGAGAUCGAGGGCCGCGUGGAGCGCGUCGGCUCCAACCUGGCCUUUACCGAGGUCCGCAUCUUCAAGGUGGACGCUCGCGGAGAGAGGGGCGCCGUGGUCGCUUCGGGGAGGCACACCAAGUUUGUGAGAGACACUAAGAAAUGAUAGAGGCAUGGGACUCGAUGAAUGGGACUUAUCGACAGAUGUAGAGAGGUUUUUUUAGACAAUACCUAGAUAAUUAUGGUAGAGUGGAGGCGAGCCAGCCCUGCACAGAGCGAGGUGGUUGUGAACCCGCCAGAGGGAGGCACGGGGUGGAUAUUCAUUUAGGUACAGAGAGAGAUCGAUAAAACGCUCAACCGAACUUCGCACCUUGAUUACAAGAUUACCUACAUGAUAGAUAAUUAGACAUCGGCCAACUCUGC